AUGAAAAGACAAAACCAGAGUGUGGUCACCGAGUUCAUCCUGAUAGGAUUCUCAAAUCUGGGGAAUCUACAGAGCCUCCUCUUCUUUAUCUUCUUACUAGUCUACCUGACCACUUUGAUGGCCAACCUCACGAUCAUGACUGUCAUUCGCUUGGACAGGACUUUGCACACCCCAAUGUACUUCUUCCUGUUUAUCCUUUCUUGUUCCGAAACCUGCUACACCUUGGUUAUUGUGCCAAAAAUGCUAGCUAAUCUUCUCUCCACAUAUCCAAGUAUUUCUUUCUCUGGAUGUGCAGCCCAGAUGUAUUUCUUCGUAGGCUUGGCUUGCACCAACUGUUUUCUCAUUGCUGUGAUGGGUUAUGAUCGCUACGUUGCCAUCUGCAACCCUCUCAACUACAUGAUCAUUGUCAGCAAAGCCACCUGCAUGCAGUUAAUUCUCGCCUCCAGCUUUUGUGGUUUCCUCAUCUCUAUGGUUGUCAACAUCCUGGUGUUUAGUCUGCCCUUCUGUGCUUCCAAUCAGAUCAACCACUACUUCUGUGAUAUUUUCCCAGUCCUAAAACUCGGGUGUACAGAUACCAACCUGAAGGAGAUGACCAUCUUUUUGCUCAGCAUUCUGGUGUUGCUGGUUCCUUUUGUGCUGAUCUUCAUCUCUUAUGUCUUCAUUGUUUCCACCAUCCUCAAGAUCUCCUCCUUAGAGGGACAGUGCAAAGCCUUUGCCACCUGUGCCUCCCACCUCACAGUGGUCAUUGUCCACUAUGGCUGUGCUUCCUUCAUCUACUUGAGACCCACAGCCCUGUACUCCUCUGAUAAGGACCUGCUGGUAGCAGUGACCUACACUGUGAUCACCCCACUGCUCAACCCACUUGUCUACACGCUGAGAAACAAAGAAGUGAAGACAGCUCUGAGGAGGAUUGUGAGCAGAUAUUCAUUUUCCAAAAUCUUGUAA